AUGUUUUUGGAUCUAGAUAAGAAAGGCAAGCCUCGUAGACAAUCAGCAGUUACGACAAGGAGCCGUGCCACUCUGUGUCGUAUCGCCAAGAUGUCAGGUCCCCUGUUUUCGUCGAUCUUUCUAUUUUCUCUUGUUUGCAAUGCCUAUGCUUCAGUAUGCGUGAACACCUACGGUGGUCAUUGUGAAAGCCUCUACCAGGGUUGUACCGUGGGCGAGUCUUACACACUGAAUUACUGUGGGUUUCUAGAAAUGUGUUGCACCUCAUCUCACUCCACCUCUAGUAGCAGCAGUAGUGGUUCUGGCGGAAAUUCCGGAAAUGUUGCCCACUGUGGAACCAGUCUCGUCGGCUCUACACAUACUACCAAAAUUGUCGGAGGAACCCGUGCCCAACACGGGGAAUUCCCAUGGCAGGUAUCCCUGCGAUACGCCAACCAGCACCUGUGUGGAGGAACUCUGAUCGACUCUCAAUGGGUUCUUACUGCUGCCCAUUGUUUCGAAGACACAAACCACCGCGGUUGGACCGUUGCAGUCGGCGUGCAUGAUCAGCAUCACGUUCACUCCUCCGAUAUACACCACGUGUCAUCAGUUGUUGUUCAUCAUGGCUACAACUCCCACAAUAAUCAUAACGAUAUAGCUAUGAUGAAGCUAUCUUCCCCCGUCACGCUUUCUGGCAGAUACGUUAGAGCGGCAUGUUUACCAAACAACAACGAGGGUUUCGACACAGACACGUGCAUUGUCACCGGUUGGGGCGCCACCUAUUUUGAUGAACACGGCAGAGCGCCGUUGACCCGCUACCUUGAGAAGGCAGACAUCCCUAUCAUAACAAACAGCCAGUGUGAAUAUUUCUUAGGUAGAAACUCCAUCUACGAUGGUAACAUCUGCGCAGGUCUUAAUCAAGGUGGAAAAGACGCUUGUCAGGGUGACUCCGGUGGUCCUCUGGUUUGUAAACAUAACGGCGCAUACAAGCUAGCAGGUGUUGUGUCUUGGGGAUACGGAUGUGGCGACGCCAGAACUCCUGGCGUGUACACACGAGUAUCCUCUUUCCUGUCCUGGAUAGAUAGUGUGAAAAGCUCUCAUUAA